AAUACGACAACAAUAAUGAGUAUACGUGUCACUUUGAAGUCCUCUUUUCAACUUUUGGCAGUUUAGUCAAAUUGGGGAAGGGAACAGGGGACACAGUUUUAAAAGGACUUUACAAUUAUGAGAAUAUUAGAAGAAGAAGAAAAAGAAAGCGGCCCUAAAGCUAGUAAUAAUAGCUAACACUUAUCGAAAGCUGAGUACCUGUCAGAAACUGCUAAUAGCUUUAAAUAUAUGGCUUUAUUAAUCCACACAAGAAUCCUGUGGGUUCCCAUUUUAAAGAUGACGAAGCAAGUAUGGCGAAAUUAAGGAACUUGCCUAAGAUUACUGCAGAUGUGCAAGCAGAAACUGAAGGUUUGGUCAUCAGGUGCUUGCUCGGGGCUGAAGGUGACAGUGCCAUCACACACUGUCCAUGGCAUCAGAGGUCAGGCCCUCUACCUACCCGUCCACUAUGGCUUCCACACUCCAGCAUCAGACAUCCAGAUCAUAUGGCUAUUUGAGAGACCCCACACGAUGCCCAAAUACUUACUGGGCUCUGUGAAUAAGUCUGUGGUUCCUGACUUGGAAUACCAACACAAGUUCACCAUGAUGCCACCCAAUGCCUCUCUGCUCAUCAACCCACUGCAGUUCUCUGAUGAAGGCAAUUACAUCGUGAAGGUCAACAUUCAGGGAAAUGGAACUCUAUCCUCCAGUCAGAAGAUACAAGUCACGGUUGAUGAUCCUGUCACAAAGCCAGUGGUGCAGAUUCAUCCUCCCUCUGGGUCCGUGGAGUAUGUGGGGAACAUGACCCUGACAUGCCAGGUGGAAGGGGGCACUCGGCUAGUUUACCAGUGGCUAAAAAAUGGGAGACCUGCCCACACCAGCUCUACCUACUCCUUUUCUCCCCAAAACAAUACCCUUCAUAUUGCUCCAGUGACCAAGGAAGACAUUGGGAAUUAUAGCUGCCUGGUGAGGAACCCUGUCAGUGAAAUGGAAAGUGGUAUCAUUAUGCCCAUCAUAUAUUAUGGACCUUAUGGACUUCAAGUGAAUUCUGAUAAAGGGCUAAAAGUAGGGGAAGUGUUUACUGUUGACCUUGGAGAGGCCAUCCUAUUUGACUGUUCUGCUGAUUCUUAUCCCCCCAACACCUACUCCUGGAUUAGGAGGACUGACAAUACAACGUAUAUCAUUAAGCAUGGGCCUCGCUUAGAAGUUGCAUCUGAGAAAGUAGUGCAGAAGACAACUGACUAUGUGUGCUGUGCUUACAACAACAUAACCGGCAGGCAAGAUGAAACUCAUUUCACAGUUAUCAUCACUUCUGUAGGACUGGGGAAGCUUGCACAAAAAGGAAAAUCAUUGUCACCUUUAGCAAGUAUAACUGGAAUAUCACUAUUUUUGAUUAUAUCCAUGUGUCUUCUCUUCCUAUGGAAAAAAUAUCAACCCUACAAAGUUAUAAAACAGAAACUAGAAGGCAGGCCAGAAACAGAAUACAGGAAAGCUCAAACAUUUUCAGGCCAUGAAGAUGCUCUGGAUGACUUCGGAAUAUAUGAAUUUGUUGCUUUUCCAGAUACUUCUGGUGUUUCCAGGAUCCCAAGCAGAUCUGUUCCAGUCUCUGAUGGUGUAUCGGGACAAGAUUUGCACAGUACAAUAUAUGAAGUUAUUCAGCACAUCCCUGCCCAGCAGCAAGACCAGCCAGAGCAUUCAAAACUGCUAUUCAAAAGGUAUUCAAAACUGCUAUUAGGACAUGCUCCUCCAAAAGGCAGUCACCCUCAAGACCCCAGUUCAUGCUACCAGCCCAAUCUGAGUGACAUCUCCACCUCCCACAGACUCUCUCGUCUCACCUUCUUCUUGUCUUUUCAAUCUUUUUUCGUGUUUGUUUAUCUGCGUACGUCUUUGUCUUCCAGUGGCUCUCUCCUCCUUUACCUCUUCAUCCUUUGAAUCCCUCCUUUUCUGAGUCUACCCUUCUCUUUUCUUCUCUUUUUCCAUAACUAUCUCCCUUAUCCAUAAUAUCCUUCUUAAAAUUUUCCUCCUCUGUCUUCUAACUUUAUCUAAAUGGGGAGCCAAUAUUUUUUAAAGUGUUAUUUUAUUCGAAUUCAGAUUUAUGUUACUUACUCUAAUUUUUUUAAUAAAUAAACGAAAUGCUUCGUUUUUCCUUAUCAGAAACUAGUUUGUACUUAUUUUACUUAUAAUCAAUUCACAAACAUUUCCAGGACAUUUACUAUGUGCUAGAGCAAGACAUUAAAUAAGACUCAAUUUUUUAAAGACUUCAUAGUUUAGUGGGCUGCUGUUUAAUUAUUUUAACUAAAGAUGAGUGAUUCUUAGUAAAAUAAAUAAUUCUCAGUAGCAUAAAUGCCACCUAUAGAUGCAGAGAGCAUUUUUCUUUCCUGAUUACCUAUGGUUUUAUUCUCCUCUAGGUCCAAUUAAAUUCAAAGAUCAACUUCAUGAGUAAUGCAUUAUUAUAGGUGGUUGGUGAAACUCUUCCAUCUCUUAUUCCCAAUGUGAAUGUGCCAGCUCUGGGGAAAGAAUCUUAACUUCACUGCUUUCUUUUAUUUGGCAGUCACUUCUGAGCAGGAAAGACAGCCAAACAAUUUUAUUCUUUGGCUCUUAGACUGUCCUAACAGUAUUAUUUUCUUUACUUCAUGUGUCUAUUACCUAAUUGGACUGCUGUUUAACAAACUGGUAAACUGGUUUGUGUUCAUAUUCUAGUACUCAGCCCAAUUAUUUAUUUAUUGAACUUAUGACUGGAUGUAUUUCAAUAUUGUCUAUUGACCUCAUUAAAUGCUCUUGGUAGGGUUUAUGUUGAACCCAAGACUGAUGUUAGUAUAUUGAAAACAGGACAUUCAAGUUAAGUAAACCUUUAGUUUCAAAAGUAAAUUACCUACAAAAUUUAAUAAUUGCUUACUCUUAUAUUUAUUUGUUGAUAAAUGUAAGUUUCUUGAGCUAGCUCAAAAUAUUGAUCUAAUUUGUAGCCCUGGAAAGGAAUAAAAGAAUUUAAGGUUCUUUUACCUGCAGACCUGAAAAAUCUAUA